CGCGCCCCCUCCAGUCUGAAUAUCCACGGACACUGAUGUUCGUCCCCAACCGCUGCUCCAGCCUCGCUCGGCGUUCAAUCUGACUCGCACCCGCCUCCACCUCCAGCUGUCUGUCCCGAUGUUACGCUAACGUGCCGCCGCUAUCUUUUUUCUUCAUCGCCAUCGUGUUCAUCGGCUCGAUGAACUGACAGCAGAGGAAGCAACACACAGAGAAGGAGAAAUGGGGCCUGAUCAUAGGAGACCGGAGGAAGUCACCAUGUGUCGAAACCCGUCCAAAUAUGCCCUCGUCUUUCUCUCCCUUGCCCUGUUCGGACUCAUCUUUCUACUUGGCAACAUCCGCACUGUGGAGAAGUGGAACUGUAACAGGAUUUCCACCCUCGACCAGCUACAGCGCACGUUCCAAACCUCCUUCGUCCAUGCCCCCACUUUUCAUAACAACAGUUCCUUCUGUGCUCACAUGGGUCAGAAACCCUCGCCUGAAGAAAAACUCGAGGAGCGCUACCUGUUGGACUCCAUUGCCUGGCCCGGACCUCGGACUUCCUCCAAUCCAGCACCCUUGCGUCUGACGAGCGACCCGGUGCACAGUCUGUUUGCCAUCCUCCCCAACAAAGGAAAGAAGGAGUGGUGCGUUGGCGACCAGCUGGAGGUCCUCGUCCAAAUGCAUGACUUCCAGGGUCGCCCCAAGCACUACGGUGGAGAUUUCCUUUUGGCCAGGCUGCACACUCCGGAGCUUGGUGCAGGUGUUGCUGGUAAAGUGUUGGACCACAGGAAUGGAUUUUAUUCUGCGCUCUUCCCGCUACUUUGGGAGGGAUCUGCACAGGUGGAGAUUACGAUGGUUCACUCCAGUGAGGCGAUCACAGUGCUGAAACGGCUGAGGGAAAAGCGGCCUGACCGGGUGUUUUUUAAGAGCCUUUUCCGCGUGGGAUACCUGGUUGAAACCACCGUGUGUAACAUGUGCCUGCCUCCUGAUGAUAAGCCACUGUGCAACUUCACAGACCUUUACACUGGCGAGCCCUGGUUCUGCUACAAGCCCAAAAUGCUCGGCUGUGACACCAGAAUCAACCACUCGAAAGGAGGCUACCUGGAACACCUCAUCACAAACAAAGAGGCUUUACUCUUCCAGAGUGGCGUGAACAUCAAAGUACAAAUACAUGCUUCAGGACCUGACAGAGUUACAGUGCUGCCUCCUAAGAAAGACAAAGUGGAGGUGAAGAAGGGCGGCAGUGUAAAAUCAGAUGCCGUUAAGGUCGUACCAUCUGGAUAUUACUACGGGGACUCGUGGAGGCAGCUGGGCGGAGUUAAAAUGCAUCAGUUCAACAAUUCCUCUGCCACUCAGUGUUUGAAGGACAAGAUGAUCUACUUGUACGGAGACUCCACCGCCAGGCAGUGGUUUGAGUACCUUGUUACUUUUCUCCCAGAGCUGAAGGAGUUCGACCUGCACAGUCCUAAAAAUGUCGGGCCUUACAUGGCGGUGGACAGCACUCACAACAUUCUCUUGAAUUAUCGCUGCCACGGCCCGCCCAUCCGAUUCACCGGCGUCACAUCCAGCGAGUUGAGGUACGUGUCCAAUGAGCUGGAUGGCCUCGCUGGGGGUCCCAACACAGUCGUGGUCCUCAGCAUCUGGUCCCAUUUCAGCACCUUUCCCGUUGAGGUGUACAUACGGCGGCUACGCCACAUUCGGCGGGCGCUGGCACAACUUUUGGACCGAGCACCGGGGACGCUGGUCGUGAUCCGCUCAGCCAACCUCCAAGUCUUGGACCAACAAGUGAGCCUGUUCAACAGCGACUGGUAUUCGCUGCAGCUGAAUAAGGUCCUUAGGGCCAUGUUUAAGGGAAUGAGUGUUAUGGUGGUGGAUGCCUGGCAAAUGACUUCAGCACAUCACCUCCCCCACGCCCUCCAUCCACCCCAAGCCAUUAUCAAGAACAUGGUAGACCUGCUUCUGUCCUACAUUUGCCCAUAGAAGGAAAAAGCACAUAGCAGUGGGUAAGUGAUCACCGCAUUAGUUUAGGAGUUAAUAAUCUGUCUGUAAUCCACCUUUACGUGAUUGGUAUCAAACAAGCACAAAUCCUACAUAUCCCGAAGCUAUGAGGACCGAUGUUUUUUAGUUCUUAAACGUUAACAGGCAGAGCCUUCUGUCAGAAAUCAACCUUGAUUUGAUUUGUGUGUGCAUAAUAAUGGGAAACCGAUAACGUUACAAAAGUCAUCGUUGUUGUUACCAAAAAAGUGUCACAAUGGUAGGAAAAAAAACACGUUACAAAAUGUUCUAAUGUCACAAAAGCAAUUCCUACCAAUGAGGAGGUACCAUAGUAAUAGAAAACCGAGUUGUGCUGGAACUGUAUAGUGGAAAAGCGUCAAUAGUCUUCCGGUAAAAAUAUACUGAAUAGCCACCAGGGGGGCGACUCCACUGGUUGCAUAAAGAAGUCUCUUUGAAUGGAAGUCUUCAGGAAAUUGCAUCCAAUUCACACUAGCACUACUUGUACAUAAAUUUGUUGAUGGUGAGGAAAGACGGAGAGAGAGAGAGAGAGCAUUGCUUCUUGCUAUGCGAGAUGUCAUCGUUAUCUAUGGAUAAGGUAGUGCGGCGAGUGUAUAGUGCCGUUUCAAAUGCACAAAUGUACUGUGAAGAAGUUCCAAAAAGACAUGAUCGACUCAGUCGUUACCCGCGUCGCCCGUGCCAACGCUGACAGACGCAAUACUGUCAUAACACAGCUGUUUUUUAAAAAGAUAAUAAUUGUUGGAAUAAGGUCCUAAUCGGGUAAUGUUUACAGGGAGGGAUAAGCUAUUCACAUGAGUCACAGGCGAGCAUUAGCGGGAUGCAUCCUGUACACUCGUAGUCACUUUGGAAACCAGCUGAGUGAUGUUGAAUGACAGCCUUGAAAGUAUAAUUUGAUUGGCAGGGGAGGAUCUGAACGGAACCAUGAGAUGAGGGAGCUGCCCCAUGUCACCUACUUACAAAAAAGCAAAUACACGUGCACACACACGCACAUUCAUGUUACCGGCGCCCGUGCCUUAGAAAUGUUAAUAUUUACACAGACAGUAAUUAACUAAAUUCAGCUAGGUACACGCCAUACACUGUCUGCAUUUUGUCUGCAUUGUUGAUUGACGAGCCGCCACUGUUCUGUGGUCUUCUAUAAUAGCACAUGUCCAUUUCGUACAUUAUGUUCCAAUUGAAAAGGGAAAUAGACAAUAAAAUACAGCACAAAUGAGUGCGAGUGACCGCUGGUUAUCGUACAGUAGGAGCCAUUUGGCAGGUGACACCUCGGAACUUACGUUUGGCACUGGCCAAAUCGCAUAUCUGGAAGCUUCAAAACAGGAGGUUAGAGGUUACGAAGAUCCGCUUAUUGCAAGGAUUUUUUUUGUUUACAUGAUGCAUGAUGCGCCAUAACACUGUAAAUUGUACCAUCCCUGGAGGACUCGUAGCCCCACCUCCGACUCCAGUGAGAGAUUUGUCUUGACUUUACUUGCCUGCUGUUUUUCUUUUGAUCCACACAAAUCGUAUGUAUUGCCAGAAAUGCCAAAAACAACAAAAAACAACUACACUAACCCUAAAUCCAACACAGCAAGAUGGGUGAAAUAAUAUCUCCUUCCAAAUUUUGUCUCAUAGCAGCUUGAAUGUUGAGUUAAUUCUACCUCAUUGAUGAGACAUUACAGUGUUGUAACUGCUAGUCACAUUUACGCUGUGUUCACAUACCAAUUUGUCAUGAAACAAGUUUACAUACAAAGUCAAUGCUCACACGUGACACUCGCAGCGGCUGGGCCAAGCGGAGAGAUAGGUGCGCGUCAAAAUUGAGCCCAUCACGUCUAUCACAACACAAAUAGCCAAUCACCAUUCGGAGCUGUACGACACUUUAUCUCAUGUGGAAACCGUAGUCUUGUGUGCUUUCACAACACUAAACAGAGCACCGCUAACGGUGAAACUCGCCACGUUGUGUCUGGUCACGGUGUCUUUUACUUCUGUUUAAAAUACAGCGACUUGCGACCAGUGCUCCCAUCGUGUCCCAAAAUGUACUAAAUGAUCCCUCGAUAACCUUAACCCAUCGCAAUUCGCACGGAAAUUGCGGAAUGGAGCAAUAAAAAAGGAAAUCCACUGUUAAAAACAGAGCGCUUUGUCUGAAAUGUUGUGUUCUGUCAGAAACUAAAUUAAAUACUAACUAAAUUCAGAGGCGGGGUCAGGUGAUAUGUUGUUCUGUAAAUUCUGCCAGUGCACACUCGACCACUUAGCUUCGAGAGCUCGUAAGAAGAACAAGUGGAAAAACCUGCAUGUUAACAAAAGGGAGCUUCUACAAAGAACAAAUACAGCUACAAGCAUGUUGGCAAAUUCAACAGGAAAAUUUGUCCAUCACACUAGAAAAGCUAAAGAAGCUGCGGCUGUUUCUAGUCAAACCCUGCAAACACAGAGGGGGUGUGGCCUGUACAUGACAAAGUCACCAGUAUCAAAAGUACAUUGUCUUGAAGAAUCACCAUAAUAUGCUUGAGAUAACUUGCUAAAAUAUUGUGUCUGAAGUUGAUGCAACAUAAUGAAAUAGUGUGAUGCUGUGUUGCAUUAAUAAUUUUAUAUUUUUAAAUGUGUUUAUGUUUUGUCGUUGGCUUGUAUUCGGUCAUAUUUUAAGACACAUUUUGCUGGUAAAAUAUGUGCAAGUUGUUAAAAAAUUUGGGAAUUUGGAAAGAGAUAAAUAAUAUAAUAACAGGAGACAAACAUCUGAAUGUAGAGACUUUAUCGGAAUGUGUGCAGAGAGAUUUGGUCUGUCCACAAGUCUGUUUGUGAAUCUGUCCAACAGUCAGUCUGUCCAUCCCAUUCAUGUGAACAUGAUAACUUGAAGAAUGACUUGAAGGAAUUUCUUCCAAUUAGGUGCAAAGGUUUGAGGACAAAAGGACAAGGUUAUAUUUAUAUAUGUGUACACAUAUAUGUGUACACACAUAUGUAUGUACAUAUAUAUAUAUAUAUAUACAUACAUACAUACAUACAUAUAUAUACACAUAUAUAUGUAUAAACACACACACACAUUAUAUAAAGUGAUAUAGCUGUGUUUGAAGUACUUAUGCACAGUCACUGUGUGUCACAUAUAGGGCGCAACGAUUCAUCGAUUAUGAAGUUAAUUGUCAACUGCUUUGACAAUUGGUCGGAGUGUGUUUUUUGCAAUAAUUCAGCUCCUUAAAUGUGAAUAUUUACUGGUUUCUUUACUCCUUAAGCGACAAAAAAUAGAUUCAAACUGAAUCAUUUUCAGUUUGUAGAAAAAAAAAAACAAGACUCGUCAUAUCUAGGUUUGAGAAACACCGAUCAAACAUUUUCUCACAUUUUAUGGUCCCAAACUAGUUCACUUAACCGGUAGAUUAAUCGAUUGUGGAAAUGAUCGUUAGUUGCAGCCCUAGUCACAUUUUCACAUUUUUGUGUAUUUUCAUUUAAGUUGCACAUUUUUAAAGUUUCUGUUGUUCAUUGUUGUAAUUGUUCAUGUGCUGUAAACUAGAGCUUUUCUCAAUCAAAACAAUGAGAAAGGACCUAGUUUGGGGGAUCAGUGGGAUCAUGGGAACUGUUGUCUUGUUAGGUUUCCCUGUGAGUAGGCCUGCAUAAUUCCUGGGGAAUUUUCAAAAGUGGGAACUUUCCAAAAAUCCAGUUGGUAAAUAAUAUAUUGUAGCACCAUCUUUGUCUGAAACAGAUCAGAUUUGAUGCAAAUACAGUAAAAACAGUAACACAAACUUACUUUCUGCUUACAGGGCUCUUGAGGCCACGUCCCCUUCAUUCAUGCACUGUGCAUUCCUACAUCACGACAGUUUCUUCUGCCUCCUGCUGGACGGUUUUCUGUAACCAUACAAAAAUAUGUUCACGAGUUGUAAAAUAUUUUAAAGACCAUUCCAUUUCUUCAGACAUCUAUGGAUAGUACUUUAUAAAUAUACAUAUAUAUGUAUCCAUAUAUGCAAAUGAAUCCACAUGAUGUUAUUUAAAUGUAUCAUUUUGCAUGCAUGUCAUUCAAAGUUUUUCCGAUUUGGAAUAUCUCCCAAUUUAGCCCCAAACAAAAGCUCCCACGGAAAGUUUCUGUAAAUUUCCCAGGAAAUGUGUCCGCCCCUUUACAGCGCUGUGCGUUUAAUUUUUAUUUCCAUUUUAUAAUUAACUUAAUUUCACACGAGCAAACUGUUGCCACGUGUCCACCAACAGGAAGAGAGUGAAGGUUGUUUCCCCCGGUGUGUGAGAUAAAGCAAUAAUGUGCCUACUGUGUUUUAUAUGGAACUCGUUUGUCUCAGAGCUUUGUCCUGCUUUUCUAACACUUUUUAAAAAGUUUGCGGCUGUGUUUUGUAGCCAAGGCCAUAAUGUGCCGACGGUGAGCUCCAACUGUGAAAUGAAGCGGGGACUGACAUGUCUGUGCAGUACUAUAGAUGUCACAAUCACUCUCUCUAAAUAAUAUUUUUCAUGGACUUCACGAGGUAAAAGUGUAUAUUAAUGCAUUUGUUUCAACACUCUUUUGAUCACAAACACGUCGACCAUCUGAUGACAUUUCUUAAUCUCAUUACUUCUACAUGUUAAUGAGGAGAGAUUUCAUGAAGCCAAAGAGUGUAAUAGCUCAACACCAGAGAGUCUGACUGGAUGUUAUCACAUUAACUAUUGUCACCAGGUGAUGAGUUAAGAUAAAAAAAAAAAACUAUUCUGGACUUGAAUUUUGAGCCGUCUCACAUGUUCAUCAGUGCUGCUGUGCUGUGUGUAUGAAAUGCAGAGGAUCCACAGAGUGGAAUUGAUAUUAAAAGAAGACUUGAAUGAAGAACAA